AUGGAAAUGUUUAAACAUUAUGAAAUUGUGCGAGCUGAGAAUCAUGGGGAAAUUUGUGAACGGACCUCAAAGUCCAUGCAAAAACGUUGGGAUCAUAUUAGCAGUAAAGUUUCAAAAUGGGUGGAGGUUUACAGUUAUGAAUUACACCACAAAAAAAGUGGAGAAUCAUAUGCAGAUGUGGAGAAACGUGCCUUUGAAGUUUACCAAAAAUCGAAUAACGGUAAACCAUUUCAAUUGAUGCAUUGUUUCAAUAUUAUGAGAAAAUUUGAUAAAUGGAGCCCUGAAAUAAUGCAAGUACCUUCCGAAAGUGGAGGUAGCAAUAAAAGAUCAGGCCCGGAUACACCAAUUGAGGAAGCGGCUACUCCAACUAGACCUGACGGCAUAAAGAAGACAAAGCGCAAAGGAAAGGAAACGGCUACCUCUUCAAUGUCAUCAAUGAACCUCGGUUCUUUCAAUUCAUCAUUUGAAGAAUGUGCUUCCCAGAGAAAUGAAUUAGGGGAAAGUAGGCUAAACUUGAUAAAGGAACGAGUACAUGGGGUCACAGAAAAGGAUGAGGGAGUGAUGAGAAAGGGAGAAGACGGUGAAGAUAAUGAGGAUGUAGAAAAAGAGAAGGAGAAGAAACCAAAGGAGAAGAUUCAGAGAAAGGAAUAUGUCAUGUGCCUCUCACAUGCAAAGUCAGUGCCUCACUUGACGGUCAACUAA